CAUUAGAAGGCAAAGGCAGGAGAAAGAUCACACGGUGAGAUUAGUCGCGAGGGAUCAUUUUCGAAAGGUCGGGCCACACUCCACAUCUGCACACGCCCAAGAUCCAAGUUCCAUUUCUCUGUGCGAAGCGCCGCUUUAUGUGAGCGCUUCUAGCUGACAGGACCUCGUCGUUUACUAGUGAAAGUCAUACAGGAAAGAGAGAGAGAGCAGCGUCAGGGAAAAUGGCACACGGGCAUCACAACCAUAUGCCUUCCCCAACCACCAUGGAUCAUUCAGAUCACACCAUGGGUCAUUCAGAUCACACCAUGGGUCAUGGAUCCGGAGGAAACCAACACAUGAUGAUGCAAAUGACCUUUUACUUUGGGUGCAAAAAUGUUGAGCUGCUGUUUGCUGGCCUGGUUAUAAACACACCUGGAGAGAUGGUAGGAGCCUGUUUCGGAGUGUUUCUAUUGGCUGCGUUCUACGAGGGACUAAAGAUCGGACGUGAGGUCCUGCUGAGGAGAAACCAAAUCAGCGUACGCUACAACUCCAUGCCAGUUCCCGGCACUGAUGGAACUGUGCUCAUGGAGACCCACAAAACAGUCGGACAGAGGAUGCUGAGUAUGGCACACGUUUUUCAGACUAUACUUCACGUGGUCCAGGUGGUGAUCAGUUACUUUCUUAUGCUGGUGUUCAUGACCUACAACGGCUACCUAUGCAUAGCGGUGGCACUGGGAGCCGGCGUGGGUUACUUCCUGUUUAGCUGGAAGAAGGCAGUCGUGGUGGACAUUACAGAACACUGUCAUUAAGCCUGUCCUCGCCCGUGUCCUUUCUCUCUCUCUCUCUCUCUCUCUCUCUCUCUCUCUCUCUCAACAUAUACAAAUACAUAUAGGGGAGAAAAAAAUUACCAUCACAAACAUACAAAUAACAGGAAAUGAUUCAAUUAUUUCAUAUUAUAUUACUCCCAAAGGCACAAACACACAGUGUCAGGCUGCUCCAGAUUUUAUUACGUUUUUUUCUACCCAUAAGUUUUAUCAUAUCAAGUUUUUAUCCCCUUCACUUCACAUUCAGGAUUAUCAUAUUUGACCCAGUCAUAUUUUCAGCUUUCAUCCCUCACAGGCCUUAAAUUCUACCUCUUCAGUUGUAAAAUGAUCACAUGUCUGAGGGUUUUAAAGGGACUAAACCUUUUGCCUUAAAAAAAAAAAUAUAUAUAUAGUACCUAGUGACAUACUACAAGAUUUACUGAUUCUCAAAGGAAAGAAAUUAUCGGAAAAUACACCACCAAGUGUCUUUUUUUUUUUUUUUUUUUAUCAUAAUUGCUGAAAUAUCACAAUCAAAGUCUCGAAAGAGAGGAAAAGAAAAGAGAUCAUGCCGCCUGUCUGGCUUUGGAACUCAGUUUCAGUUUACAAAGCUGAAUUUUUUUUUUUCUCAACAAACAGAGAACAAACCAUAAAAUGUAGACAAUCUGAUGCCAGUGUCUUAGUGAUGAUUCCUUUUUUUAUAAUUUGUAUUUGAAAUAUUCUAUUACUGUCAAGUAUAUACGAGUCUAUUGUUAUUUUAGUUACUGACAUCAUUACCUUUUAUCUAAUGUUAUAAAUGCAGCAGACAUACAUGUGCUCGUCAAAUGAGAUCUAAUUAAAUUAAAUGUAAUUUA